CCGUUGGACAGCGGUUGGUUUCAGGCGGGCCGGGGGGCCGUCUCUCAUGGCGACGACCAGUGAUCGGGAACGGGCCAGCGGGGGAACGGACGCCGAUCUUCACCUCUUAACGGCGGUAUCCACCGUCGCCGUACCUCCCGAGGAAGCGGUGGGGGGGGAGGAAGAGGAAGGGGAUGUUGAGGCGUCCCGACCGCCCAAGGCGAGGGAUCCGAGCCCGGCCGCCGGCCCCCCGCCGCCUCUACUCGAGACCCAGGAGCUGGCCUCCAAGCGGGUGGACAUCCAGAACAAGCGCUUCUACCUGGACGUGAAGCAGAACGCCAAGGGCCGCUUCCUGAAGAUCGCCGAGGUGGUGGGCUCGGCAGGCCGCAAGAGCCGCCUGACCGUCUCCAUGCCUGUGGCGGCCGAGAUGCGCGACUACCUGGGGGACUUCAUCGAGCACUACGCCCAGCUCGGGCUGGCCGGCGGAGGAGGAGGAGCAGGAGGCCUGAGGCGGCGGCGGAGGCAGCAGGAGGAGGACGAGGAGGCGGCGGCGGCGGUGGUGCAGCAGCAGCAGCAGCAUGUGGCGCCGGCCCAGCCCGAGGCCCAGGCCCAGCCGCAGCCUCAGCGGGUGCUGAAGAGCGAGUCCCUGGUGCGGGAGAACCGCAAGUACUACCUGGACCUGAAGGAGAAUCAGCGGGGCCGCUUCCUGCGCAUCCGCCAGACCGUGAGCCGAGGCUCCCCCGGCUGGGGCUACUCCGCCCAAGGCCAGAGCCAGGCCCAAGGCCAGACCAUCGCCCUCCCGGCCCAGGGCCUCAUCGAGUUCCGGGACGCCUUGGCCCGGCUGAUCGAGGAUUAUGGGACUGGCCCGACAUCGGCGGCGGCGGCAGGGGUUGGAGGGGGAGGCCUGGCAGACGAGGCCGGCGCUCCGGGGCCGCUGGAGCUGCCCGAGGGCAUCUCGGUGCCGGUCGACAACAAGCGCUUCUUCUUCGACCCGGGCUCCAACCGGUACGGCGUGUUCCUGCGGCUGAGCGAGGUGAAGCCCUCGUACCGCCACUCCAUCACCGUGCCGUACAAAGCCUGGGCCCGCUUCGGCGACAACUUUCUGCGGUACGCCGAGGAGAUGAGGGCGAUCCAAGAGAGGCGCAGGGACAGGAGGGCCGAGCUGAGCCGGGAGGUCGCCCCUGCUGCCGCCGCCGCAGACGGUGUCCAAGAAGAAGAGGAGGAAGAUUGACAUCGCUUUCUCACCUUCCUAGACAGAAGGUGCUGGAAAGAGCUCAGCAGGUCUGGCAGCAUCUGUGCAUCGAGAAGCGGCGUUACCG